AUGAAUAACAAUACAGGUAAGAGAUCUCUGUAACCUCUCUGACUAUCCUUUAAUAGACUCUUUUCUUGCAUCACAGUGGCCUCGAUGUAUCGGAAAUUUAACCGUCGAGUGUUGGUUUGGGUGGUCUCACCGUUUUAUUGGGACCACUCAAACUUUAUCUAAGACUUCUCAAACUUUAAUUGUGACAAGUGAACCUAUGCGGUUGCCCACAAAAAGUGAAUCCCCCUCUUCUACAAAGUCUGUACCUCAGAGCUCUUUUACAACGAAUAAGCCUUCUCAAACUUCGUCUAUAAAGACUUCUUCGAUUUCAUCUACAACAAUAACGCCUCUAAUUUUACCCACAACAACCAAAUUUUCUUCAAUUUUAUCUUCGAGAACUUCUCAAACUGUAUUCACGACAACCAAAACUCCCCAAACGUCUGCAAAAUCGUCUCAAAUUUUGAAUACCAAACCUGAAUUUCUUCAAACGUCACCUAAAACAACCCAAUCUAUGUUGUCUACAACAACUGAAUCUAUUAUCUUAACUUCAGCUCCAAAAACCCCCUGCACUUCCAAUUCAUCCCGCUUUGACUGGUUUCCUUGGAGCCGGAUCUCAAAGCAGACCGAAAGCACAACUCCAUCUACAAUAUUCACAACCAGAGUAACAACUAACCAGCCGAGCACCAAUCAGCCGAUUUCUCAGCCCAAUCCGUCUACAUCCAGGCUUGUUACAUCGACAACAGUUGCAGUGAGAAAAUCUGAACAGACAACGAAAGUUACCUUUCCUACAUUAGAUCCCGAUAAUAUUACAAGAAGAAGACCUCGGGAUUUGAGCAAUGAGCUUAAUGAUACGAGCUCAUCUAGCAGUACAUCAAAAACAACAAGCUCUAGUCCUACAACGUCCACUCCAAGCAGUACCACUACCUCAACUACGACCACAACAGCAGUAUCUAGCAGUUCUGGUGGCCGCUCGGCUUCCUCAUCAAGUUCAACCAGUACAAUCACGACAACAACAACCUUUAGAUUCUCCAGUCACAGUGGCAUUUCGAUACCAUCUUCCUCAACUGCAAGUUCAUCGUCCUCAUCAACUACAACGGCACAAUCGAGCUCUGGAAUAGCAAGUUCAUCGACUUCUAGAUCAUCUACCGUAACCCAAUCAAGAUCCAGUCAAUCCAGUCAGUCUUCAAGUUCGAUUGCAUCAACCUCAAGGGCAACAGAAACAUCAAGGUCUUCGAUUCCUGCAAGCUCAACCACAAUCCACUCAAGCAGUUGGUCAUCAACUCGACUCUCUUCGUCCUCUACUCACAUAGCAAGCAGUUCAAGAAGCACCAAUUUGGCAAACAAUGUGACUGUCCCUACUCCACCAAUUAACCAAACAAUUGGUCCAGCUGGAACAAGUCCUUCUAUUCCAUCAUCCGUAACUUUUACCAAUAAGGCGAGCUCUUUUCGAUCACAAAAUCAAACUAUCGGACCUGGAGGAACAAGUCAAGCAGGAAUCUCUGGGAAUGUUUCCUUCGCAACAACUACUCCUAAAGGAAUCAUAUUGGCGUCAUCCACACCCGCGUCCAGUUCAACCACUGUUUCAUCGAUUGUUCAGACUACAACUUCUAAUAUAAACUCUAAGAAGUCAGCAAUAUGUUCUGCGUUGAGUAACUUGGAGAACUCAAAUACCAUCUCCCUUUCAGCAGUGACGAGUAUUCUUUCCCAGUACAAUGUAACCCUGGAUGAUGCUUUAAAUGCACUCAACCUUAGUUUAGCUCAGAUCAGCAAAAUGAGUGUCUCUGAGAUCAUUGAUAAUGCCACGGCAUCUUGCCAAGGAUACGGUAAGUACUGCGUUUUACAAUUAGAUACUAAACCAUUUACAGUAAGCAGUGUGAUUACUCUCCGGACAAGACAAACAACCAAUAGAGUGAGCGGGACCACAUAUAAUGGAGUGACUUAUGACAACGGGGAUGGUAAUAGCAAUAACAACUCGGUUGGGCCAAAUUAUGGAGGCGGAAGAACCCGAUCUUAUCAAAAUUAUAAUGGAAGUUCGGGUUAUGAUGAUGGUAAGCAGAAGAUAAAUACAGCAAUAUCUCUAUUUAUAGGAGGAGAUACCUUGAUAGUAGUCCCCAUCCCUGAUCGUUCGUAUUCCCAGCAGGAUAGAGAAGAUAGAGACAAUGAUAACGGGGGUAAAGACAGUGGGAUCAGUCCACCUAUUUAAUAUUGUUUUUAGAUUACUGGUACGACGGAACAACUUAUCAAUAUAAUCACAGAAUAUGGAGAUGGGUCCUCCUGGGAGUUUUCUGCGCUCUUAUUGUCGCUAUUGCAUUUGCACUGGUAAGCUGUUACAUUUCUAUCUUGUACGUGACCUCUGAUUCAGCUCUGCUUUGCCUGUUAUCGUCCUUACCGACCUUCAACAACGACAACAAUUGUAACUCCUCUCCCAGUCACCGAAAAGAUCUAUACCAGUAGUGGCCAUGUCGACGUUCCUCCAUUGCCGAUCAGCCCAAUGCCAGCCUAUUCAAACGCUGCUACCCUCAGACUUUAA